UUCCGCUUCCGGUCCGUGCCCUUGUGUGCCUGUGCCUGCGGUGCGGUGCGGGGCCGGGCCGGGAUGUUGGCGGCGGCGGCGCGGGGCCUGGCCCGGGCUGGGCUCCGAGCUGCUACAUGCCCUGCAGUGCGGCAGCAAGCACGUUGCUUGGAGAGCUCCACAACAGAGACCCAUCCUACCAUUAGACCAAAGGAUGAAGUGCAACAAAAGCAGCUCUGUGCUUUUGGAGAGUAUGUGGCUGAAAUUCUGCCCAGGUACAUCCAGCAAGUCCAGGUGACCUGUUUCAAUGAAUUGGAGAUCUUGAUCCAUCCAGAUGGGAUCAUUCCUGUUCUGACUUUUCUUCGAGAUCAUACCAAUGCCCAGUUCAAAUCCUUGGCUGACUUGACUGCAGUUGAUGUCCCAACUCGGCAAAACCGUUUUGAGAUUGUUUACAAUCUCCUGUCCCUGCGCUUCAACUCUCGAAUUCGUGUGAAGACAUAUGCUGAUGAAUUGACCCCUCUUGAUUCGGCAGUCUCGGUGCACCAGGCAGCAAACUGGUAUGAAAGAGAGGUUUGGGACAUGUUUGGAGUCUUCUUUGCCAAUCACCCUGACCUAAGGCGAAUCCUUACUGAUUAUGGGUUUGAGGGCCACCCCUUCCGGAAGGACUUUCCACUAUCUGGAUUCGUGGAGGUGCGGUAUGAUGAUGAGGUGAAACGGGUAGUUGCAGAGCCUUUGGAACUAGCCCAGGAGUUCCGCAAAUUUGAUCUGAAUAGUCCCUGGGAGACAUUUCCUGCCUAUCGUGAAGCUCCAGAACCCUUAACAAUAGAAGCAGGAGACAAGAAAGGAGAUGUGAAAUAGCUGUACAAAGAAGAGAGAGCUUGGGCCUUCCCUUGUGGAAUUGCCCUUCCUGUUCUACCUUCAUAUUUAUGAGAAUAAAAUUUGAUGGUAACA